GAUAUCAUGGGUAAGGAAGUGGGGGUAAUUGGUAAUGUUAUUGGAUUCAUUUUGGCAGUCAUCAUAAUCAUGUUUUUAGCUGGAGGAGCUCUUGCUGUUGGAGAAAGGCCCACAGGUUCCUACGAUUUUCUUAUUCUUAGUUGGCUAUGGCCUAAAGCACAUUGCAACACCGGAGAAAGAAGAUGUGAAACACCAAUUCGGCCUGAUUUUUCCCUGCACGGCCUCUGGCCAGCCUAUCGAAGGUCUUAUUCAGAACCUCCUUAUGAAGAAAUAUGGCUAGUUCCUUCUUAUAGUGAAGUAAAUGGAUGCACUACUAUACCACCAGCAGACUCUUCUACUAUUUCGAGUGAGCUAUUUGCUACAUAUAGAAUAAUCGAUGAUAUGAAGUUAUAUUGGCCAGAUGUUACCCGUUGUACGUUCUCUAGUACGACUGUAAACUUUUGGCGGAUACAAUUUGCGAGACAUGGGAUGUGUUUUGAUUAUCCCAAUCAUCCUAUAUUUUACUUCAUGACUACAUUGCAUUUGACAAGAAAGUUUGACAUUCGUGGCAUAUUAGAGGAAGGGAAUAUAUUACCAGGUAAUCAAUAUGUUAUAGAAAACAUAUUACAUGUUAUAAAAGAGAGGCUGGGGAAAGUGAUUAGAAUUCGUUGCAACCGAGACUCAAGUGGACGAGAUCAAUUAUAUGAGAUUUGGCUAUGCAUCAACAAGUAUCUGAAACUUACAUCCUGUGUAUUUCCAACUUUUGGUUGCCCCCUUGUACAAGAGAAGAUAUGGUACCAUUCUCCUCAUGCCCUAAAUCACUGAAUUAUUAAUACAAAUAAAAAUGUUCUCGUUACCUCUCUCUCUCUCUCUAUAUAUAUAUGUAUAUGAACAAGACCCAUGAGGCAUGAGAUCAUGAGAAAUUGUAUUUCAUAU